UACAGAUUGUUAUUGGGUGACUUUGAGAGAGAAGAUGGAAAAGACUGUGGCUGUUUUGCUUGCAUGUAUCGCGAUAUGCGGUGCCAAAGUUUCCCCACCCAAAGUGAAAUGCUCAGAGACCCAAAUGAGGGUAGAGGUUCCAAUGCCUGCUACCGUCAAGGGGGUGUACAUCGAGGGGUUGCGAGAGUACCCUGACGUCGCCUGCAGACCACACACGGACGCCACUGGCGCCCUGGCUGUGUUCGAGUUCGAUCUACAGGAUGUCUACCGAUGUGCUGUCACCAGGGCUGUCAAUAAGCAAACGGGGAAACAAAUAUUCUAUCAAACCCUAAUAAUAGAGCACAUGGAAGAUAAAGGACACACUCUCAAAGAAACUCUUCAUGUCAAAUGCUCAAUCUAUUCCAUUAGAAACCACACCGUUUCCAAAAGGAAUGUUUUGCCAGCAGGUUUCCAAGAACCAGAGGAAAUCGAGAUAUUGACGACGAACGACACGAUAGGGAGAGCCCCCGAACCUAUACUGGGUGUUGGCGUCAGACAGUCCGGAAAAUUGGUUACCGGCGAACUGAACGUUUCCCCUGGCACCCCCCUCCAGAUGGAGAUUUUCCUGGACAAAGUUUCGGCGCCGAUAUACGGUCUUCUAGUCACCCACAUGCAAGUCACGGACACUAAGGCACAAGAGGAAACUAUCAUUUAUAAUGGAUGUUCUGUGGACCCCUACCUUUUCGAAAACUUCAACACUGUAGACGGUGACUUCUUAUCAGCCAAAUUUCGAGCAUUCAAAUUUCCGGAAUCGACAUACGUCCAGUUCAAAGGAACCGUCAACGUCUGUCUAGACAAAUGCAAGGGGAUCGAAUGUAGCGAUGGACAAAUCGGUUAUGGAAGAAGAAAAAGAGCCAUAUCGGAACUCCCAGCGGAUCCGAAUAAAAUUUUCGAAAUCUCCAUCACGUCGUUCAUCAAAGUUGGCAACGAGAACUCCGAAGUAGUUGCUAGCGAGAAGAGUUAUACCAACAAGAAAUUCAUAGUCGGUAAUCAGUUAGCCGAGAAGGAGUUUGUUGAAGAUGAAUCUAUCUUCAGAGGAGUUCCACCCCAAGAAGUCCUAGAACUCAAAGAAGAGGAAAAAUACACAUCCAUAAUGGCCGAAAAUUCAAGUUCUCCAGUGAAAGCAGCAGAAAUUUCGAUUCUGCUUGUUGCGUUCGCCAGGUUGUUUCUGUGAGAACAUCCCAAACUGCGAGUGCUAAAUUAUAAUCAUUCUGUAAAUAUCUGU